AUGGCUGUCACUCAAUCGCGCCUACCGGACGAAGCACCAAUGGCCAUUCCAGAUAACGUCACGUUCCGGCUGCUACAAUACAUAGAUUGUCAGCAAGCAGCGAUGGAUCAAUCCCUGAACGAGACGCAGCAGCAGUGUGAGGAGGCGUACCUUAUCGCACGAGUGAACCUCCACGGCGUUACCGUGCCUUUGCAGAUAAAUAUCAGCCAUCUUCGGGAAGCUUUUGGGGUAACCAACUACAGUUUGCGACCUCCAUUGAGGCCCCCGACAGAUAUUGACACUACUACACCUACAAACAACAUUGAAGAUCUAGACCAUAACGACGAGACCUCACAGUAG